GGUGUCCGCACUGUUGUGUCGUAAAUAGAUCUCUCAUACUCACUGCUGCUCAGAGGACACCUCGCUCAUGGAGCGGUGACACACUUUCGUUUCCCAGCAUGCAGCAGGAGCUUUGGCUGAGGGCCCUUCUUGAUACCUGCGUGUGCAAUGAGAUCGGCGGCUGCGCAAACACUCCUGACAAGACCGUCCGAACAAGAACUCAAAAAUGCCUUAUCCAACUGCGCCGCAGGACACAACCACAUCUCCAACUCCAGCAGAUCAGCACAGUCCAGAGCAAAGACGUCCACAGACACAGUUAAUUGUACUUCUUUGCAUCAUCAUGGCCAUAAUCGAGAUAAAUGUGAUAUUGCCGAGGGCCCCUGGAACCUAAACAACCCGGUGAAAGCCUCAAGGAGCCACCAGGAGCUUCACAAAGAGCUGUUACUGGCCCACAAAAAAGGGCUGGUGGUGGGCUGUAAGCCGGAGCUUCAGGCGGUUCUGGAGAGGAGGAAGAGAGAGAAGAGCCAGAGGGAGGAGGGAGAGCAGAGCAGGAGUCCUCUAGAGCAGGUGCUUCUCCAGCGCCAGCAGAAACACCAGGAGAUGAUGAAGGAGAAGGAAGACGAGGAGAAGUUACAUGAGGAGGUUCAGCUGUUGGAGUUUGUGCGAGUGAGACAGAACCUGAAGAGAGUCCAUACAGCUCUACAGAAGAACAUUCACUCCUGAAUCUGACUAAACACACACUUCAUUUGGCCACGC